AUGGAGAGCUCUCCCUCUUCAACCACCACCACCACCGCCUACGCUCGCCGGCUUUUGAUACUGAUCAUGGCUUUCCUCCUCCUCCUCCUCCUCCUCCUCUUCGGCCUCGCAUCAGCCUCUCGCAUCUCCAAGUACCCAAAGAUGCCAGAUCAAGCCUCUUCAAGAAACUACGGCCACCACCAACUACUCUACCCUCAUCAUCAUCAACCUAAUUCUUGCGGUUCGCUUUCCCGCGAAAAGUCACGUUCUUUCUGCUUCCAACUUCAGAGAAUCCACCACUAUCGACACCUCCCGUCACCGCCGCCCUUACAAACUGAUGAAAUCGACCCAAGAUACGGUGUGGAGAAGAGACUCGUCCCCUCCGGACCCAACCCCCUUCACAACUAG